GGAGAAUUGGCAACAGCUGGCAAAAUAACCAUGUAACCAGUUUGAAAUAGAAUGAAAUUAUGGAAAUCAGUUAAUCUUCUUCAUAAUAUGAUGUGCGUAUGUGUGCGCUUUUAUGUGUGAAUUGGGUGUCGUGCACACUCGUUCACACACAUGUGGUGUUCUUUGAUGCUACUACCCUCUUGCGCAAAUUGAUUAUUUGAAGUGAAUCUGUCCAUGGUCCUGAAAAAGGUGACUAGUGAAUUGACUCAGUGUUUUGUGGACGGCAUAGCCUGGCUAUCACCAGACCAGGGCGAAAUGAAAUCGCGGGCACAUCGGACGGCACUGACUAUUCUAAGUUGCACGUGCAUAUUGUUAUAAUCUGUAGGAGAAAAUGUAAACUUCAGUUUUACAAAGUGAACUUCAAGUAUUCAGGGUCACUUGGUUACACCAUUUUUUUAAAAAUGAUUUCCCCUGACUGUUGUGGUGCUGAAAUACUGCUUCAGUAAGACAUUUUAGUCAGUGAAAAGAAAAUUAAUUGAAUGAUGACCUCUCAAAAGUUUAAUAAUACAGAGUCUUACCUGAAGGGAUUAAAACACUCCUAACCCUAAGAUUCUAGUUGUUAUCAUAUUUUCUGUUUCUUUCUUCUCUGCCAUUCAUCCACACGGUGUCAGUAGUGACCUACACUCUGGAAUGACUGGCUGGACUCCUCCCUCUUCGUACAGAGGGGUCGAACCCAGCAAAGGGCUUUGUUCGAUCUCGCAGUAUGCUACAUUAUGUUCUCGCGGUGACUAUCGGGGCGUUUUCUACUAAAAUAUGAGACGUUUGUUUUACAUAAAAGUAAAAAUUGUGAUUACGGAAGAUGGACAAGAUGCCGGAUAAUGGAUAUAGAGUUUGGAUCUGUAUCUUCGUCGUUUUUGGGAGAUGGGAUUUGGCCAGUGGACAAAUUGUAUAUUCAGUCACGGAGGAGACCAGUACGGGAACUAACGUUGGGAAUUUAGCAAAGGAUUUUAAUUUAAACGUACAGGAGCUUGUUCCUCGAGGAUUUCAGAUAGUUUCUGGACCCAGUAAAAGGUAUUUUGAAUUAAAUGUAAAAACAGGACAUAUAUUUGUCUCAGAGAGGAUAGACAGAGACGCCUUAUGUGGGCAAAAUGUUAAGUGCUCUUUGGAAUUGGAGGCCAUUGUUAACUCUCCUCUGAAUAUGUACCGCUUCGAGGUAAACAUAUUAGAUAUCAAUGAUAAUGCACCUACAUUUCGGUCUACUUUGAGUGAAUUUAAUGUGUCGGAACUUGCUAUUCCAGGCGAGAGAUUUUCUUUACCGAAUGCGUUUGACGCGGAUGUAGGCAGUAACUCAGUGAAGAGCUACAAGAUAAGCGCAAAUGAAUAUUUCUCACUCGAUGUACAAAGUCGAGGAGAAAAGAGUGUGUCGCCGGAGCUUGUUCUGCAAAAUGCUUUAGACCGCGAGAAACAAAGCAUGAUAAAGCUCGUGCUCACAGCUGUAGACGGAGGAAAACCUCCGAGAUCGGGGACUUUAGAUAUAAUGGUAAACAUCGAGGAUGUUAAUGAUAAUGUGCCAGUGUUUAGUAAGACUCUGUAUAAAGGUCGCAUCGCAGAGAAUGCCCCUCUUGGCACAGGUGUGAUAACGGUCCACGCCACUGAUUCAGAUGAGGGAUUAAACGGCGCGAUAACUUACUCCUUAAUAAAUCAUGACAAUGACAACCUUAUAAACGCCUUUGCAAUUGACGCUGAUACUGGUUUAAUAUCCGUAAAUGGUGACGUGGAUUACGAAGCAGGCAAUGCAGUUGAGAUUCGGGUACAGGCAAAAGAUAAAGGACAAAGGCCAAGAGCUGCAUACGGCAAAGUGCUGAUAGAAAUAGUCGACGUUAAUGACAACAUACCUGAAAUAUCUGUGACCUCUUUAGUCGACACAAUAAAAGAAGAUGCAAAGGUGGGUACUAUGGUGGGUUUAAUAACAGUUAAAGAUGGUGAUGCUGGGUCGAAUGGACUCGUGCAUUUAAACAUAAGAGGCCCAGUGCCAUUUAAAGUGCAAAACACUUAUAAGAAUAAAUAUUCGUUGCUGGUAAAUGAUGUAUUGGAUAGAGAAAAUGUAUCUCAGUACAACAUCACCAUCGUAGCCAGAGAUGACGGGACCCCGAGUCUCUCCAGUACAAGUGUUAUAAUUGUGCAUGUCUCUGACGUAAAUGACAAUGCACCACGCUUUCCUGAGCCAGUCAUUAAUAUUUUUGUAAAGGAAAAUGGUCAGAUUGGUAACGUUAUUUACACAGUCUCUGCCUUUGAUUUAGAUAUUGAAAAUAAUGCGAAAGUGUCAUAUUCCAUUUUAGACAAUAGUGCCCUGGUGACAUCACGGGUAAAUAUAAAUCAGGAGAGCGGAGAUAUUCACACGUUGCAGUCUUUUAAUUAUGAGGAAAUGAAAACGUUUCAAUUUAAAGUUAAGGCCACAGACCAUGGUGUUCCUCCACUGAGUAGCAACACGACUGUGAAUGUUUAUGUUCUUGAUGAAAAUGACAACAGUCCCGUGAUCCUCCCUCCCUAUUCGGAGCAUGGCUCUGUUAACACUGAGAACGUUCCCUACACUGCCGAAGCUGGAUACUUUGUGGCUAAGAUCAGGGCCGUAGACGCAGACUCUGGAUAUAACGCACUGCUUUCUUACCACAUCUCUGAGCCCAAAGGAAGUAACCUCUUCCGAAUCGGAACGAGCAACGGAGAAAUCAGGACUAAGAGGCGAAUGAGUGACAAUGACUUGAAAACCCACCCGCUUGUCAUUCUGAUUUCUGAUAAUGGAGAACCAUCUCUCUCAGCGACUGUAUCUAUAGAGGUGGUGGUUGUUGAAAGUGCAGGAGAACUGCAAACUAAAUUCAGACAUGUUACAGUAAAGGACGACGCUUUCACGGAUCUAAAUCUGUAUUUGAUGAUCGCCAUCGCCUCGGUGUCAAUUGUCUUUUUACUGAGUCUCUUUGGUUUGAUCGCUGUGAAAUGUCAUAGGAGAGACAGCAAUUUCAGUGGCUACAGCGCUCCAGUUAUCACCACACACCCUGACGGGAGCUGGUCUUACUCCAAAUCUACACAGCAGUAUGACGUGUGUUUUAGCUCAGACACGUUGAAGAGUGACGUAGUAGUUUUCCCAACACCGUUUCCACCUGCUGAUGCAGAACUGAUUAGUAUCAAUGGAGGAGACACUUUUCAGAGGACACAAACCCUCCCAAAUACAGACAAGCCUAAACCUCCCAAUGCAGACUGGAGAUACUCGGCCUCCCUGAGGGCAGGAAUGCAAAGUUCAGUGCAUAUGGAGGAGUCCUCGGUGAUGCAGGGAGCCCAGGGGGUCCUGGUCCAGAACUGGCCAACCGUGUCCAGCGCUGCCGACGGAGUUGAGGGUGGAGAGGUGUCUCCGCCCAUGGGCGCCGGCGUGGACUCCAACAGCUGGCACUUCCGCUACGGAGGCCCCCCCGGGCCGCAGCACCUGAAGCCGGGCGAGAUGCCGCCGGAGGCCUUCAUCAUCCCGGGCUCGCCGGCCAUCAUCUCCAUCCGCCAGGGCCAGGAGGGCGACGACAAGAGCGACUUCAUCACCUUCGGCAAGAAGGAGGAGGCCAAGAAGAAGAAGAAGAAGAAGAAGGAGAAGAAGGACAAGCGGGAGAAAGGGAAAGACGACGACGAGUAGAGGAGUGGAGCGAGGGAUAGAGGAGGGAUAGAGGAGGGAUAGAUGUUUUUGAGACUCGUAAGACAGAGGUGCCAACACCAAUGAUAGAUAGAUAAGCCAACAGGAUGGCACAAACAACAUCCAAAGAGAGAGAGAGAGAGAGAGAGAGAGAAAAACAUCCACAACCACCGGCAUGCUAGUCGUGUGCCCACGUGUUUCAUGGCUCCAACUGAUUUCCCCACAUUAAAUACUGAAGAUUUGGCCUUAAAUUGAUUCUCCUCAUCCCUAGUCAACUGUAGAGGGUUUUAAUCAGUCACGCCUUCUGAGAUUAAUUCUCCUCUAUCGCCUGUGUGCCUGAGAGUUAAGGGGUGGCAUUGCCCCCUGCCCACCAUCCUGAUCUGCCUCCUUGGCUCAUGUUGGCACCUCUGUCUUACUUGGUCCUACUCGUAUAAUCUUUCCAGGCAUGGAAAGCAAACGUAAAACAAGAACAUCAACAACAACAACAACAACAACAAAACAAGCUCAUGUGGCUCUCCUGAGUUGAUAUAGAAAGCUGUGUUCUGAGAAAGAGAAAGCAAAAAAUAAAUACAGGAGGCAAGUCAGAAAGCUCCUGGGUGAAAUGCAUGUUAUUAGGCAGUAGGACACAUGCUCUUGUAAAUAUGUUGGUCACAAGAUGGCCGCCGUCUGUAUGUAAAGCAAAGUGACACGGCCACCGCUUCUGCUUGUUUUACUCUGUCAGUGUUCUCCGGAUGGAAACAAAAUGGACCCUUGUUCAGAUCACGAAAGGACACCCGAUUAUUUAAAAAAAAAAAGUCCUGGAGAGAGAAAAAGCAAGUAGACCAUCUAACCGAAUAGGGAAAAAAAAGCAAAAAUAUAUAUUUCAGCCGAACGACGGAAUGCCAGCACUUUUUUACGUUGUUUUUCUUUUUUGUUGUUGACCUUAUCAGCACACUCUCUCCAAGGCUCUGUAAAUGUGUAUUAUGGAAAUGUGUAUUCUCCCUUUCCCUCACAAACGAAAGAGCAGGGUCCAAAGUCCAGUUACUACCCCCAUCCCCACCCCCUAGUGCUGGGGUCAGCUAGGCCCCCUCUCCUCCACGCGUUCGCAGGGCUAGCAGCACACUCGCCUCCCUUGCAUUACUGAUUUUUAUUACAAGCAAACCUCUGGAGAGUAGAACUGGGUUGAAUCAUAGAGAAGGGAGGAACAGCGGGGAAAAACAGCCUCGGUUCCCCAGUGUGUUCUAACAAGCAGAUUAAAGCUUGUGUUGGAAAGUUUUGUUCUACGAUUGAAGUUGUUGGGAGUCGUUUUAGAGCACUAGGAAUGUUUUUCUUUAAAAAAAAAACUAAAAAAAAGAAGUUAACCCUCUCCUACCCAUUCCCCCUCUCUCCCUUCUUAGUGAAAGCUUGAAGCUUAUGCUGUGAAUGUUUGGUAGCGCCUUCCCGAUGCUUGUAGACUUUGCCCGUACCCCCCUUACCCUGGAUUUGUGCCUGCUUUCUCAGCUCAUCACUGAGUGAACUGACAGUACCCCACCAUCCUACACACAUACACACACACACACACACACACACACACACACUUACAUCAACACACACAUGCACACAAAAGGACCCUCACUGAAUCUUACAAAUGACUUUGCUCCUUCAUACCAGGGUAUAUUGGUUCCAUUUUUGUUUGUUUGUUUGUGUGUGUUUUUUUUUUUUUUUUUUUCAGUUUGAGCUUUAGCAGUCAAGGGCCGUGCUUUCUUAUGCUCGCUCUUUUUCUCUUGUUUUGCUUUUGUCUCUAUUUUUCCUCAAGCUUUAAGUGAUCUUUAGGAUGUCCUCCUCUUUCAGGACACCAAACACUGUCUCUGUCUCUCACUCUCUCUCUCUCACUGACCAGGGCACUGGUCACUGUCCCCCCCUCUGGGUAGCUGGGUGUGUUUCUUCUGGACAUUGUGGUGUGCUCAACCUGUAGCAUGGAGUAAUGCUCAAAGCAAAAAGGCCUGUGUUUCGACCCAGAGGUGGUCCGGGUGGACUCUUUUAAGAUCUGUACGGUAUGUGUUUGGAAAACAAAACAAAACAAAACAACAACAAAAAAACACAAAAUACA